UUGAGGGGUGGAUUCAAUUUGGUUUUGGUUUUGGUUUCGUCAGUUCGGUUUCGAUCUAUUACAGUUCGAUCGGUGCCGGUUUGGUUUCGGUUUUACAUCGCGGUCCGGUUUAACUUUUUGGUUCUGUACGCAAUCGGCCCGGUUCUUUUCUUUCGGUUUUCGGUGUCGAAGCCUUUCUCCUGUAAAAGAAACGGCGCGAAAGCUUUGGGCUUUUGAACUAAUGGAGUUGCAGAGCCGAGAAUGAACACCUGUUCACACCUUUGCUCUUCUUUGUUAAACAAAUGCAAGACCCUGAAAACCAUGAAGCAAGUCCACGCCUUUGUGCACAAGACCGGGCUCGACACCGACCCCUUGGUCUUCGGCAAGCUCCUCCUCCACUGCGCCGUCACAAUCUCCUCCGACGCACUCGACUACGCUCGCCGCCUCUUUCUUCAUUUUCCAUACCCAGAUACGUUCAUGUACAACACCCUUAUCCGCGGACUCGCCGACUCCGAUAACCCACACAAUGCACUUCUCCUGUUCCAUGACAUGCGUCGGAAAUAUGUAAGACCGAUCGAUAGCUUCUCUUUCGCUUUCACGCUCAAGGCGGCGGCGAAUUGCGGGUCGCUGAGGGAAGGGAUGCAACUGCAUUGUCAGGGUUUGUUGCAUGGGUUACAUACUCAUGUUUUCGUUGGGACAACUCUGGUUAGUAUGUAUGGUGAAUGUGGGUGUAUUGGUCUUGCACGGAAGGUGUUCGAUGAAAUGCCUGAACCAAAUGUGGUCGCUUGGAACGCGGUGCUUACGGCGUGUUUUAAGUGUGGGGAUGUGGAGGGUGCGGAGGAAGUGUUUGGAUCAAUGCCUUGGAAAGAUUUGACCUCGUGGAAUAUUGUGGUUGCGGGAUACGUGAAGGCGGAUGAGCUUGAGCUGGCGAAGGAAGCGUUUUGGAGGAUGCCAGUGAAGGAUGAUGUGUCUUGGAGUACUAUGAUUGUUGGGUUUGCGCAGAGCGGUUGUUUUGAUGAGGCAUUUGGGUUUUUCGGGGAGCUACAGCGGAAGGGUGUUAGGCCAAAUGAGGCUAGCUUGAGUGGGGUGCUGUCUGCGUGUGCGCAGGCUGGAGCGGUUGAGUUUGGUAGAAUUUUGCAUGGUUUGGUGGAGAAGGCUGGAUUCCUUUCGAUGAUUUCAGUCAAUAAUGCACUCCUGGAUAUGUACUCUAAGUCUGGAAAUGUGGAGAUGGCUCGGUUGGUCUUUGAAAGAAUGCCGGAGAGAAAGAGUGUUGUUUCUUGGACUUCGAUGAUAGCAGCACUUGCAAUGCAUGGUUAUGGCAAAGAAGCAAUACAAUUUUUCUGCAGGAUGGAAGCGUCUGGAGUUAGGCCUGAUGGGAUCGCAUUCAUUUCUGUUUUGUAUGCUUGUAGUCAUGCUGGGUUGGUUAACGAAGGAUGUGAAUAUUUCUCUAAGAUGAGAGAUUUGUAUGGUAUAGAACCAGCUAUUGACCAUUACGGUUGUAUGGUAGACCUGUACGGUCGAGCUGGAAAACUGCAGAAAGCCUAUGAUUUUGUAUGUCAGUUGCCAAUAUCUCCUAAUGCUAUUGUUUGGCGAACUCUUCUUGGGGCUUGUAGCAUUCAUGGUAAUGUAGAGUUGGCAGAACAAGUGAAGGAAAUGCUUUCCAAACUUGACCCUGACAAUGCAGGCGACCAUGUUCUCUUGUCAAAUGUGUAUGCUGCUGCAGGGAAGUGGAAAGACGUUGCUGCUGUAAGAAGAUCAAUGGCUGACCAGAAGAUUAAGAAAACUCCAGGUUGGAGCGUGAUUGAAGUUGGCAAGGUCAUGUAUCGCUUUGUGGCGGGCGAUAAAUCAAACAAGAUCACAGAAGAGGCUUAUGAGAAGUUAAGGGAGAUAAUGCUGAAGCUUCGUGUUGGUGGAGGUUAUUUGCCGGAGGUUGGGAGUGUUCUGCAUGACAUAGAAGUGGAGGACAAAGAAGAUUCAGUGUUCAUGCACGGUGAGAAACUUGCAGUAGCUUUUGGGUUGGCAAGAUUGCCCGAGGGAAGGAUGAUAAGGAUAGUGAAGAAUUUGCGGGUUUGUAGAGACUGUCAUACAGUGAUGAAGCUGAUUUCUAAGGUCUAUAGAUCAGAGAUAGUGGUGAGGGAUAGAAGCCGCUUUCACUCCUUCAAAGAUGGCUGUUGUUCAUGCAACGAUUACUGGUGACUGGGGACUAACAAAUUACUCAAAUUAGUAUUGC